UCAAGGACAUUAUUGCAAUUUUAAGUUUUAAUCAAAGUGCCUUCCGUGUUCUUCAAACAAUUACAAUCGCUUUUAUCCACGCGCCUCUCUCGUCUGUAGUCGCUUCUUUUUUCUCUCUGCUAGGGUUUUGAUCGAAUUUCAGAACGAUUUCAAUGGAAGGCGGGGGCAAUCUAGAGGCUGCGAUAGAGCAAUUGCUGAAUGUGGAGAAGCAGAUGAGGCUGGCCGGUGAUGUGGCCGGCACCAAAAAGGCUGUCACUGACAUUCUUCUGCUCUGCUUCGAAGCGCGAGCCUGGGCGACCCUCAACGAUCAGAUUGUUCUCUUGUCGAAGCGCCGGGGUCAGCUUAAGCAGGCUGUGACUGCCAUGGUCCAGCAAGCAAUGCAGUAUAUAGAUGAGACACCAGACCUUGAAGCCCGUAUAGAGCUCAUUAAAACACUAAAUAAUGUAUCUGCGGGGAAGAUAUAUGUGGAGAUUGAAAGAGCGAGGUUGAUCAAGAAACUUGCAAAGAUCAAGGAAGGACAGGGGCUUAUAGCUGAAGCUGCAGACCUGAUGCAAGAAAUUGCUGUGGAAACUUUUGGUGCCAUGGCAAAAACCGAGAAAAUUGCAUUCAUUCUUGAACAAGUACGUUUGUGUCUAGACCGCCAGGAUUAUGUUCGUGCUCAGAUAUUGUCGAGGAAGAUCAGUCCAAGAGUUUUUGAUGCUGAUACUUCAAAAGAAAAGAAAAAGCCUAAAGAAGGUGACAACAUGGUCGAAGAGCCUCCUGCUGACAUACCAUCUUUGUUGGAGUUGAAGCGAAUCUAUUAUGAAUUAAUGAUAAGGUAUUACACCCAUAACAAUGACUACCUUGAAAUUUGUCGUUGCUACAAGGCAAUUUAUGACAUUCCCUCUGUCAAAGAAAACCCAGAGCAGUGGAUUCCGAUUCUGAGGAAAAUCUGUUGGUACUUAGUGCUGUCACCACACGAUCCGAUGCAGUCAAGCCUUCUUAAUUCCACCUUGGAGGACAAGAAUCUCUCCGAAAUUCAAAAUUUCAGGUCACUAUUAAAACAGCUGGUGACAAUGGAAGUCAUCCAAUGGACGUCACUUUGGGAUACAUACAAGAAUGACUUUGAGAAUGAAAAGAGCAUGCUUGGAGGUGAUCUAGGCGACAAAGCCGCAGAAGACCUUAGACAGAGGAUAAUUGAACAUAAUAUUCUCGUUGUUUCAAAGUAUUACUCGAGGAUUACCUUGAAGAGACUUGCAGAACUGUUGUGCCUUAGUAUCCAGGAAGCUGAGAAGCAUCUCUCAGAGAUGGUUGUGUCAAAGGCACUUGUGGCAAAGAUAGACAGGCCAAUGGGAAUAGUCUGUUUCCAAACAGCGAAGGAUAGCAAUGCCAUCCUUAAUUCGUGGUCAAUGAACUUGGAAAAGCUGCUUGAUCUUGUCGAGAAGAGUUGCCACCAAAUACACAAAGAAACAAUGGUUCACAAAGCUGCUCUAAAAAUUUGAAAAAGACACUCCCCGAUUGCUGAUGUCAUUUUCAGGACUUAAGAGGCGCUUAAAUCAGUAUUGAAUAUUGAUCAUCGCCUUUGCAGAUUGGAUUGGUCAGGCAUGCAUUAUCAGGUCUUCUCUCCGCAAGUUAUUAUUUUGUCUGUCGGGUCAAAAAUACCAAACUUGGACAUGGUUCUGUAUACUAACGGCACAUACCUUGCCACUGACUAAUAACAGGAACCUGAAUGGGCUUGCUUUUAGCAGUGGAAGGAAAUUUUAGUGCACUAUUUUUUCUCCGUUUAUGGAGAUUGGUCA